AUGUGACUUGCCUCCGCUCGGCCACAACAAAGAUGGCGGCGGAGAGGAAACGAAGCUGCGGACUUUCUUCUCUCGUUUUUCUGUUCUCUGUUUUCAGUUUGUGUCAAAGUUCGUUUAGCGGAGAAACUUCUAGAAGAAACGUGUCGGUAGAGCUGAACCCUGGCUUGCCGUCGUCGCCUCCUGGUGGCGAUCUGCUGCACGCGAGAGCCGUCGGAGACACCGACACGUUGCACUUCCUGUUCUGUAGCCAGGGGGCGCCAACGCUGCUGCUGGUCCACACCAACUCUUCUUCUUCUGCUGUCACGGUGAACUGGACUCAGUUUGAGGCUCGUAACAUCAGCGGCAGCCUGAAGGUGGAGCCAGAGAGCAGCAUCCUGUACAGCUCCGCCAUCGUCUUCAGCAGGCUGUUGGAGUACGACGACGUGAACGAUACGGCUGAUCCGACCUCUGACCUCUUCCCUCCGUACGAGCUGCAGGACUUCACCUGGUCUCCCCUCAACCUGUCGGGUCUGAGCGCUCUGUUGUGCGGAGCCGCCGAAAGCUUCGCCAACGGAUCGCUGUGCCUGGAGCUUUCUCUGUUUGAAUCAGAAGGGCGGGACCAGUCCUGGCCCCGCCUCCUCCACACAGCUAACUCCUCCCAGUUGAAGGUGUGGCUUGAUGGUGUGUUGCCACGGGCGACUCGUUCCCGGUUCAUAUUGGAGCUGCAGGCGGUGGGCGGAGUUAAUCCCCUGAACAGAGUGGAGGUCCAUCGAUCGAUUGACGACGAGUUCACGCCGUCAAUAUUCAAGGUGUCUCAGUGGGUGUCCUCGGGGAACAGCAGCUCUGACGUUCUGGGGUACCUUCAGUGGAAGCCGGUGGCGUACCGGCGGUCCGACCCGGCUCUGGAGUUCGCCACCCCGUGCCGGCACUCCGACCCGCGGCCUCAGACCGCAGCGUUGUCCGGUCUGAUCCGAGGGUUCUACGCAGAACCACAAACAUUCGGACUCAACGUGAGCUUCGGCCUCGCGGGAGAACCGUUCUACAACAGCACCAAGUUCCUCAGCUGGACGGUGCUGCUGGGCUCUGGUUCUCCUCCCGUGGACUCCUUCUCUCCCUUGGUUCUCACCGUGAUGGCGGUUGGUCUGGGAACUCCCAUGAUCCUCCUGCUGCUGGGCGGAGUCUGCGUCUGCGUCCGAAAGAGGGCGGCGGCCUACGAGCCAAUCAACUGAGACGUUUUUUAAGACUCAUUGAGUUGACAGACAGAUGACCUCAGAGUCCAGCGGACCAAUCACGACCCAGGACGCUUUUCUGAAUCAAAAAUAUUUUUUCAAUUAUAAAUAAUGUGAUUAUUUCUGGUUUUAAGUUGCUAGGUAACACACUGGAGUGUGAAUACUGCAUUAUUUAUGACCACCAGCAGCAGCCUUUAUGAAUGGGUUUGUUUACCAACAAAUGUAAACAAGCGGUCCUCAAAGUUUCACUGAUCAAUAAUAAAGUUAACGCUGCUGAUUGAAUA